UAGUGCAUUGUAUUCCUUGGUGACUAUUCAUUAGUCAUCAUUUACUCGUCAGUGGUCACAAAUUUACUAUCAACAUUCAAGAUCAUUAACUGAAAACAUUACUAAUAUAUUUUUUUAAUUUAUAUUGUUUACACACAAUGUCAUUCCAUUUCGUUUUUUGAAUUCAAUUCGAAGAAUCUAAAUCGUUUAGACAGGAUGGCAGGAAUACCCGAAUGUCCGGAAAGUCUGAAGAAGAUUCAACAUCAUCUAAAAAUCGCUUUAGAACACGAUUCUAAAGAUCCAAUAAUCAGUUAUUGGUGUCGGCUUUAUGCCUUGCAAGCAGCAUUGACUUUAGACAAAUCAUCGAAAGACGCGAAAAUGUUUUUAGUGUCUCUAAUGGAUUGGUUGGAGAAACAAAAACAUAAUUUAAAGGAUAAUGACAUGAUCAUAAAUGAGACUGCUGCUCAAGCACACAUAGAAAAUUAUGCAAUAAAAAUGUUUAAUUUUGCAGAUGGAAUGGAUCGUCAGGCAAAUUAUAAUAAGAAUAUAGUUAAAUUGUUUUUCACUGCUGGACUACUUAUGGAUGUAUUAAGUGUAUUUGGGGAUGUUUCCGAAGAGAUCACAAAUACUCAAAAAUAUGCAAAAUGGAAGGCUACGUACAUACAUAACUGCAUGAAAAAUGGUGAGACUCCUACACCUGGACCACCAGCUGCAGAAAGUGGACAAAUUGGAUUCAACUUUCCUAACCAAGGAGAAGUCACUCAACAACCUACAGAUAAUUUUGUUCCUGUAACGCCUACUAAACAUACAUACGAAGAUUAUCCUGCAUCAACUCCUAAUGAGUAUCAACAAAUACCAAACACGUCCACAGUCAGUCCAACAGAAAUACAACCAAUUGUGUCAGGAAGACCAAUCUUACUCAGAGAUGGAAUACAACUUUCACCGUCACAAAUCACUAAAGCACAGAAAUAUUGCAAGUUUGCUGCUAGUGCAUUAACCUACGAUGAUGUUUCUGAGUCUAUUGCAAAUUUACAAAAAGCACUGAAAUUACUAACAACUGGUGAAGAUUCAUAGUUAUUAAUUACUAAUUAUUAUAAUAGUAUUCAUAAUAUGUAUACAUUGUUUUAAAUUAUUAUUUUUAUUUUUAAUAUACAUGACGUUUAAAUUGAUCAAAAAAAAAUCUAAGUAUAAAUUAAUUCACACCCUACACACAAAUUAUUUACAUAGGUACUAACAUAAAUGACUAGAAUGAAUGAACACAAAAAUUUGUUAUCAUAUUUUGGAGGGAUGGAACAGGGGUUGUGUUUCCCAAGCUUUAGUUAAAACAAAUCCUUACAAUAAUUAAUGUGCAAAAAUUUUAAUAAAAAUGAGCU